CGAAGCAUUUUGUUGUUUCGUGUAUACAUCCCGUGGACACAUAUUAGUGUGCUCUGAUUGGAUGGCGGAUUUGUGUAUGGCGGAGAAGCUAAAGUGAUUUCGGCAGUUUUUUGGCGCGAUUUAGAUAUAAAGAACAAUACCCGCUCCACCGCACGGAAUAAUACCAUAACGGAAGACCGGCUGAAGUGAAAACCCUCCUUUGAGAAGGCCUACUUUUAAAUAUUUUGUACAAUGCAGGGAAUAUCCUGUAUGUUUGUACGGCGUACCCGACAAUUUUGUACAUUAUUUCUUCCUAUUGCUUUCCGAUAUGUGUAGUCUAGGCCAGGAGUUUGCGCCGAAUAGAUAGUGUGUAGAUACCAACAUGGUGUAAACCAUACCUUGAAUACGUAUUCCGUCUAGCUUAAAACGGAUUCCGGGAAAGAAAGAACCCCAAAGCACAUGGUUUGUUUUGAAACUAAGAAAACAGUUACAUCGUGCCGUCUGGAAAGGACAAUUACAAAAAGUUAUGAGGUAUUUAUCCGAAGAAAGAAAUUUAGAUAAACUUUAUGAGACAGAUUAUCAUGAAAGAACGGCGCUUCAUGUAGCUUCUUCCUGUGGUUACCUUAACUUUAUCAACGUAUUGUUGGUGUUGGAUACACGUGGCAUAAAUGUUCUUGAUAACGAUGGUCGCACUUCUUUUUUUAAGGCUGCACAAAUGCUAUCUUUGGACUGCAUGGAAGAAUUGUACAAUAACGGCGCGAAAAUUGAUCUGCACGAUAACGCUUUAAUCACACCAGCCGAAUAUUUAAUCAUGAAGCACGGCGAUGAAGGACUGGCGUGUGUUCAGUUUAUUGUCAAAGAAGUGGGAGUUCACCAACAAAACAAAGAUGGCGUCACUCUCCUUCACUUAGCUGCUUUUUAUGGACACUUGAAUAUCGUCAGAAUGUUAUUAAAAUUUAAAGCUAACGUCAAUUUUUCCGACGACGGUGGAAGAUCACCGCUAAUGUAUGCAGCCCAAAGCAAUCAGUUUGCAGUCGCAGAAGUUUUACUUGAGAAAGGUGCUAAUAUAUUUGCUAAAGACAUGGAUCAUAAAAAAGCGUUAGAUCACGCUAUUCAGUCUUCCAGAACUUGUAAUAUCUUAAAAGCUUGGGAGGAAGACAUGUUGCAAAGUUUUAAUACGACGACAAACAGAGUAUAUGUCCAACCGAUAAAUACUGGCAGUCCGAGCAACGAAGAUAUACCGGUGGAGAUCAGUUAUUCUGGAGAAUGGGAGAGCGCAUCAAGAACAAACUCUGAUGCUUCGUUUGAUCCUGACGAGAAUUUGAAUAAAUUAAGCAGACUGGUUCAUCGACUGGAAGAAGAGCAUAAAACCCACGUGACUGCGUUGGCAUUGGAAACAGAAAAAAACAAAAAAUUAACAUUGGAGAGAGAAGCAACGAGCAAAAGUAAAAUGAAAUCGAAGAACCAAACUGUCGAAGAAGCGAGUUCAGCUGUUAGACAAUCACCAGGAAGUUUAAAAGGUUCUGUCAAGUCUUUCUUCAAACGAAAAUACGCGAGUAAAGAAGAAUGGGCAGUGUGUUACGAUAAGCUUGUUGACCAGUAUGAUGAUCUACAGAGAUCGUACGGAAAGUUGCUUAUGGUUGAAACUGAGAAAGAGGCUGAGCUAGAGGAAAAAUUGGAAGAGCUUGAGUUGAAAGAGAGGCAGCUUUGUAAACAUAAGGAAGAAGUGAAAGCUUUGCAGAAAGAGUUGAAAACAAUGAAACGAAAUACAGAAGAAUUAUUAUUGAAAAAAAUUACCUUGAAGGAUGAAAUAAAUUUUCUGAGAAAAUCAAUACCAAAAGAAAAGUUAAAAUUAACAGAAAUUUGCAAAAGUAACGAGCUCGAAAAUAGCAAGAAGUAUUCCCAACUCGAAAGCCUACAGGAUGCAAAAGAAAAGAAAAACGAAGAAAUAAAAAGUCUUAAAACAGAAGAAGAAAUGUUACGUCACACUGUAGAAAGUCAAAAAGCAGAACUUCGACAUGUUGAGGAAAAAAGAAGAAAGUUAGUGACGAAGUGUGGAAAGUUGAGAGAAACGUAUCGUAUAACGAAAAGAAAGCUAUGACAAAAACCAUCGAAGUGGGGUAUUUUCACGAAGGCUUGGCAGUGACAAAACUCUUAUUGUUGUUGCUUCAUUAAGCUUGUUAUAUUUUAAUUUAAAUUUUUUUACAUAACAUAAACAUAUUUAUA